AUGAUGAAUAUUUCUAAAUUGAAUUCAUCUCCAGAAAUUAUACAAUCGAUUUUCGAUUUCAUUCCUCAACAAUAUCUUAAAGAAUAUCUUCAAAUCAAAGAAAUCAGACCAUUUGCAUUCAAUUCAUACUAUGCAAAUAUACGUAUCUUAGACAACUCCUUUCAGCAUUAUACCAGAUGCUCUUCUGGGACGGAGGUUGUUAUAGGAGAGAAUAAUCUAUAUCGAAAGAGUUAUAAAGAUAGAAACAUCGGGAAUCAAACUUAUUUAUUUGAUCAAACUGAAUCACCUCAAGACUGGGACGGAUACUUUACUUUUGGUAGGGUAAGAGAGUUUAUCGGGUUUUGUAAGGAUUAUCCAGAUUUCAGACCUGUGAAUUUAUGUUUUGAUACAAUUAGAGAUGUGCCGUUGGUAUUGGAUUUAUAUCCUGGCUGGCUUGCACAGGUAAGGAAUUUAAGGAUUGUUGUUAAUCAUUCUGUUAGCUCAUAUAAUGAGAAUCUUAGAAUUUUGCAAUUCUUGAGCACGUUAGACAAUGUAAAGCUAGUCCUUGUUUGUGAUCCAGUGAAUACAGGUGAUAUUCCUCUGGUGAUACACUGGAAAGACAAGAUAAAUAGAGUCAUAUUUCGUGACUGUAAGAUUGCUCCACCGGUAGACUGUUUAUCUAGUUGCAGUUCUUGUACAAAAUUGACACUUGACUCGACCUCAAUUUCUGCCGAAGAUGUUCCCUUAUUACCAUCAAACCUAACUUCAUUAUCAUUAUUGAAUUCCUUGAUCAUUCCUCCUGAUCCUGAAAUCAAAUUACGACUACCGACCCGAUUAAAACAUCUAGUCAUAACCUACACCCAUCAUGAGCCGCAGAUAUUUCAACUUGACAUUCGCCUGGCCAGAUGCCUUACUUCAUUCAAAGCAACUAUACAAGGCAUAACUAAUUUACGCUACUUAAAACUACCUAAAUCCAUCAAAAACCUAGACCUAUCUUGCAGAGACAUACAACGAUUCGAACAUAUUGAAGAUUAUCCCGACCUUGAAUCUUUCAAAUUGAGAUGUAGGUUCAGAUGUAUCGAAUAUGAUACUUGGACAAUUCUUAGACCACCACCGAAAUUGAAAGAAUUGAAGAUUUGGGAUUUUCAAGAUAAUAAGUGUUCAUGGGAUACUGAUAUUGAUCUUACCUUUCUUCGAGUCAUUUCUUCGACUAGUUUUCCAACCUCAUGUGAGUUGAUAUCCAUUGGCGCUGAAUAUUAUCGAAAAGCAGGAUUGGGAGGUACGAUUUCCAAGCAUAAACAUUUAGGUUUUCAAAAACAUGACCAAAUACGAGAUCUAAAGAUAUAUAAUUUAAACCUACAAUCGAUUAAGAAGUUUCAUUUCCCCAGUAGUUUAUUCUCAUUGUGUCUUGAAAAGUGUGAGAUUAACAACCUUAAGAUACGAAACCUAAAAGCAUUAAGUAAUUUACGAAUACUUAAUUUGAAUAAGAAUCGAUUAUGUGAACUAGAUGAUGAGUGGAUUCUGGAGCUACCACCCGGACUACAGGUGUUGAAUUUAUCACAUAAUUUGUUUACUCGACUUUCAGAAAUUCCGUGUCCUGGAUUACUUGAACUAAAUUUGGAAUAUAAUAAGUUUCAGGGUAUGAUUGCAGGGGAGUGUAUCAAGGUUCCGGAUAGUUGUGAGAUUUUGAAUUUGAAUGGCAAUCCUAUUGAAUCCUUUGGAGAAUCGCUUGAGUUUCCAUCUACGUUGAAGGAAUUGAGUCUUAGGAGAACCAAACUUAGCAAUGUGCUGGAUCUGAAUUUCUUUAGGAAAUUACCUGAUGAUCUUGAAGUCCUUGAUAUUUGUCCACUUGGUUCUGGAGGUGGCCCUAUCUUUUCCGUGUCUGAUGAGUAUCAUAUUCCCAAAGGGUUGAAAAAGUUAGUCAUUGGGAAUGUAUCGCUAGAUUCCCAAGGUCCCGUUCUUUUGAAAAGCUUAAAAAGUGUUGAAAUCCUAGAUAUUCAAUCGUUCAACGAACUCGAUUUAUCCAGCCUACCCCAGACAUCAAAAUUUGUGAGAUGUAAAGCCGACACUACCAUUGGUGAGUUGAAUCACCUACACAAUUUCGAAACAUUAAUCAUCGACACGAAAUCUUUAGAACUCGAGUCUCGGCAAUUAAUAAUUCCUCAAGCGGUCCAGAAAUGCUCAAUCGCAUGUCAACAAGAGACGGACACUAAAGUGAUCUUGGAUGAUUGUGCUGAUCUUGUAUAUUUGGAGCUAAGUCAUGAAUUGAUUAGUCUUGAUUAUCUAUUAAAUUAUUUUCAGUCGAUAUAUGCUGUCAAUCCGAAAAAUCAAGUUUUCCUUGGAGUGGUAUUAUAUGGUGUUGUUUCUGGCGAUGAUAGGUUUUCGAAUCUUAUUGGAUCGUUCUUGAUUGAUGGAAAGAGCAUGAAUAUUAGAAAGAUAUGA